CGCAGCGCAAAAAAGAGCCAAUCAGUUACGUAACGAUAGCAAUAAUUAUCGAUAUAUAUCGUGUUUGGCAUUUCGUUGUUUGUCAGUUGCUACCACAUUGCAUACAAGUCUUGCGCGAAAAAAGUUGAGAAUGUUUGCACUAACCAGUUCACUUGUGCGCUCUCCAGCGCUGCGUCAGGGCCUCCAAGUGGCCGCCGCUAACCGCCAGGUCUCCGUGAAAGUCGUCUCCGUUGGCUCCACGCUGAAGGAUGAGAGUUUCUUCGAGAAGAACGAACGCCUGGGCCGCCAGAUGUCGCCCCAUCUGACCAUCUACAAGCCACAGCUGACCUCCAUGCUGUCGAUCAUGCAUCGCGGCACCGGCCUCGCUCUCGGCGUUGGCGUCUGGGGUCUGGGAUUGGGUGCCCUCAUCUCGUCGCACGACAUCAGCCACUAUGUGACCAUGGUGGAGGGUCUGCAGCUAAGUGGCGGCGCCUUGACCGCCAUUAAGUUCAUCAUAGCCUAUCCUGUGGGUUAUCACUCCGCUAACGGUAUUCGCCAUCUGCUAUGGGACACCGGUCGUUUCCUCAAAAUCAAAGAGGUCUACUCUACCGGUUAUGCAAUGGUCGCCGCCUCCGUUGUCAUCACAGCCAUCUUGGCACUGAUCUAAAUAACUAAUCCACAAUCCCGGGAUGAUACUACGGAUGAUGAUGGUAAACUUAUAAAUUAAAUUCUAGUGCGAACAUGUUGACAAUUUGUUAAAAUGCAGAAUACAUGUACAGUUUAUUUAUA